CCGGCGGCGCGGCGGAGCAGCGGGAAAAUGGCGGCGCCCAUGAGCCGGGAGAGCCUCGAGCCCGGUGCUGCUCCCUACGGGAAUUUCCCGAAUUAUUCCCGGUUCCACCCGCCCGAGGGCCGCGUCAGCCUCCUGCCCCGAGGGCUCCUGAGCAGCCUCUUCCCCGCCGCCACCCGCCCGCUCCUCGGGCUCGAUGUGGGCUGCAACUCCGGGGAGCUCAGCGUGGCUCUGUACCAACACCUGCUGGGGCUCCAGGACGGCAGUUCCAGCCCGGAGCCGCCGGGAGCCGGGACGGAGCUGAAGCUGCUGUGCUGUGACAUCGACCCCGAGCUGAUCCGCAGGGCCCAGCAGAGCAGCCCCUUCCCCGCCUCCAUCUCCUUCGCCAGCCUGGACAUCAUGGACCCCGCGGCCAGGGAGCCGCUGCUGCGCUCGUUCCUGCAGCGCUUCGGCCGCUCCUCCUUCGACAUCGGCUUCUGCAUGUCGGUGACCAUGUGGAUCCACCUGAACCACGGCGACCGCGGCCUGCUGGAGUUCCUGGCGCUGCUGGCCUCGCUCUGCACCUUCCUGCUGGUGGAGCCGCAGCCCUGGCGCUGCUACCGGGCGGCGGCGCGGCGGCUGCGGCGGCUGGGCCGCCGCGACUUCGAGCACUUCCGCGCGCUGCGCAUCAGCGGGGACAUGGCGCAGAGCGUCACCCGCAUCCUGACGCAGCAGUGCGCCAUGGAGCUGGUGCGCUGCUUCGGCAGCACCGCCUGGGACCGCAGCCUGCUGCUCUUCCGAUCCACCGCCGCCCCUCCUGACCACGGCACCCAAUGAGGAACGGCUCCAGCGGGAUGGCGGGGCCGGGGGGGAGAUGUGGGAAUUGCUGAAUCCCUGUGCAAGGUCUGGCAAUUCCUGAAUCCCUGUGCAAGAUUUGGGAAUUCAUGAAUCCCUGGCACAAAGGGGCAGAUCUGGGAAUUCAUGAAUCCCUGUGCAAGAUCUGGGAAUUCCCGAAUCCCUGUGCAAGAUCUGGGAAUUCCUGAAUCCCUGUGUGAGGAGGCAGAUCUGGGAAUUCCUGAAUCCCUGUGCAAGGUCUGGGAAUUCCUGAAUCCCUGUGCAAGAUUUGGGAAUUCAUGAAUCCCUGGCACAAAGGGGCAGAUCUGGGAAUUCCUGAAUCCCUGUCACAAGGUCUGGGAAUUCCUGAAUCCCUGUGCAAGGUCUGGGAAUUCCUGAAUCCCUGUGCAAGGUCUGGGAAUUCCUGAAUCCCUGUGCAAGGUCUGGGAAUUCCUGAAUCCCUGUGCAAGAUCUGGGAAUUCCUGAAUCCCUGUCACAAGGUCUGGGAAUUCCUGAAUCCCUGUCACAAGGUCUGGGAAUUCCUGAAUCCCUGUCACAAGGUCUGGGAAUUCCUGAAUACCCGUGCAAGGUCUGGGAAUUCCUGAAUCCCUGUGCAAGAUCUGGCAAUUCCUGAAUCCCUGUGCAAGGAGGAAGAUCUGGCAAUUCCUGAAUCCCUGUCACAAGAUCUGAGAAUUCCUCAAUCCCUGUGCAAGGACGCAGAUCUGGGAAUUCCUGAAUCCCUGUCACAAGGAGGCAGAUCUGGGAAUUCCUGAAUCCCUGUUACAAGGAGGCAGAUCUGGGAAUUCCUGAAUCCCUGUGUAAGGAGGCAGAUCUGGGAAUUCCUGAAUCCCUGUGUAAGGAGGCAGAUCUGGGAAUUCCUGAAUCCCUGUCACAAGGAGGCAGAUGUGGGAAUGUGCGAAUCUAAAAAGCAAAAGACCCCAGAAGGUGCAGAAAGGCCCCAGAAGGUCGACAAAAAGCUGAAGAAAGGCCGGGAAUCUCCAAACUUUCCCAUUUUCCCAUCGAACACGGGGCACCAUUUUCUGGAUCAGUCAGGGUCUCACAAACAGGAUGGGGGUCUGUGUAGUCGCAGACUCAGGAUUUAUUAUCUGUCUGUAUCAUACAAGCAAUAGGCAAGAGACACAGGAAAACAACAGAAUCCGUGUAAAGCCAGAUCAGAGAUGAGGCCACAGCUGAUGUGGAGCCCUUUUCUAGAUAUUUUCUCAACCAACAGUUUACAAGAAGAAGUUUAGAGUCAUAUUACUCUAGCAAAUCAGACAAAGACCCACGUGGGUUUAAUAUUAACAAAAAGGCUUCUGUAAACCUAAGAAACAAUACACAAUAACUCAUUUUUUAAGACUGAAACUUUUUCUAUUUUUGCAAAGACCUUUUACAUCCUGAACCAGCAAUCAGCCCUUGUUCAUUUUCCUUAUGAUAGAUAUCAAUGUAUUCACUUGGUUCCUGAUUUCUUAGCUUCCCAUGGGAUAGUUUUGAGAUUCCCAGCCUUUCCUCAGCUUUUUGUUCACCUUCUGGGGUCUUUUUUCUCCUUCUGGAGUCUUUUGGUUCCCAUGUGGGAAUCCCUGAAUCCCUGCUGUGGAGGUUGUUAGCUCUCACUAGGUCUGGGCAGAAGAUGCUGGACACGACGGUGUCUCGUUCAGACUUGGAUGUUUGUGAUUUCUUAUCUAAGAUACGUUCUCACCAGGUGUGAGUGUCGCUGUUUGCCACGCUGAAAUGGACACUCAAAGCAGGGCAGAAAGCCCAGAUUUGUUUUUUUCAUCCCAUUAUAUACUUUUGGAAAAGUGACGUGGAUUGGAGGGUGGAAUUCCCACCUCUCAAUCACCAUGGUCAAACAGAGUGUCAGUUAACACUCUCCUCUCAUAGAGAAGAAUGCAAAAGCAAUGACAGUAUUUACAAAAACAAUCUCUUGUUUACAUGAACACAGCGUGAGAAGUGAAAACUUCUACUUUAAUAUGAACGCUCAGAAAACUAGGAAACCUCAUGGUGACAUGUGAGCUCUGCCUAUGAAGGCAAGAAAAUUGUCACUAUAGGACAUGAAAAAAGGAUGAAAGACUCCAAAUAUUUCAGAAGGCAAAAGGCACAGAAAGAGGCUUUAAUUGUCUAAUUUUAUACAUUGAUACAGACUCAACACGAUUGGUGAACAGUCCCAUUGGUUAAACUGGAGAAACGGCCAAAACAUUUUUCUCUGAGAACCAGAAAAGCAAAACACCACCUGGAGAAAGAUUGUUUUGGGAAAGGAUGGUUGUUUGCCAAGAUUGUUUUGGGGAGAAGCCUUCUCGAGAUAUUUUCCUUUGGGAAGAGAGUUGGCAGCUGCUAGCAGGCUAAAAUCGCUCAGACACAGAAAUAUCAGGCCCACAGAAAAUGGCUACUUCUACUUCGUUUCAAGGACUUUUAAACAAUAAGCAAAACUAAUUAAAACCCGCCACCCAAGUUAUUUUUAUUUAUAACCCAAUUAGAGAUUGCUCAAUGUCUGCAAUGCAAGCUUUCACUGACCAAUUAGAAAACAUCACCAAAAACAGAGAGGAGGAGGAAGAAAGUGAAGAGGAAGGACCCAGGAAUCACCCAAAUCCCUCCAUAUUGUUCCUUAUACAUUUUCUAUAUCCCUAAACCCCAAACCUUAAAGAUUUCACCCUGUGCCAUUGCACACUUCUAUACAAACCACACACACACACUCCCAGUGCCAUCACUCAGUUUGGGAAGUUUGGAAAUUUUGGAAGUUUUGGAAGUCUGGAAGUUUUGGAAAUUUCAAGUUUUGGAAGGUCAAAGUCAGUGCCCUCCUGAGGGUCAGCACCUGUCCGAGCAGAAACUUUGAUAUUUUCAGCAUCCAGGGUCCAACAGCCUGUUAGGACCAGGCCUUGGCUUCCCAUGGGAAUCCAAGGCAAGGAAUGUCUGUGACUGAUUUUUUGGGACAGUUUUAACCAAUUUUGUGUGGGGUGUGAAGUUGUUCAAGGAAGUGCUUCUGGAAUCCGAGUUCCUACAUGUGCUUUCCAUGUGUAUCAAGGAUAUUCCCUGGAAUAACAGGGAAAUACGCCCAAGGGAAUUUAGAAUAUCCUGAUUGGAAUGGCCUCACAAGGAUCCUCUAGUCCAGCUCCUGGCCCUGUGCAGGACAUCCCCAAAAAAUCCCACUGAUCCCAAAAUCCCAAAAUCUGCUCAAGUUGUCCAGACAUUCCCAGACCUCCAGAAUCGUGGAAUGUCCAGAGAUGAAAGGAUCCUACGAGGAUCACAGAGAAAUGGUUGGAAGGGACCCACCUGGACUGAGUCCAGCUCCUGGCCCCACACAGGACAUCCCAAAACACCACCCAGUGCCUGAAAGUGUUGUCCAAGCACUCCCUGACCUCCAGAAUUAUGGAAUAAUCAGAGUUGAAAGGGACCCACAGGGAUCACGGAGUCAUGAUGUACCCUGAGUUGGAAGGGACCCCCGAAGAUCAACUACAGCUCCUGACCCAGGACAACCCAAAAAUCCCACUGAUCCCAAAAUCCCAGCACCCUGAGCUGUGGCUGCUUGGGGCUGUCACCAUUCCCUGGGGACAACCAGUGCCCAACAGCCUCUGGAUGAGGAAGCUUUUCCCAAAAUCCACCCAAAACUCCCCCCAGGACUCAGGUGAGGCACCUGCAGCACAGUUCCCUCCCUGGACCCGGCAGCUCUGCCCCAGCUCUCCCAGGACAGGGGUUCAUCCCUAACAGUGACUGCUUUUGGGAAGAAUAUCCUUGGAAUAAAAAAAAAAAAUCACUGAAUUUUAUCCUAAA